UUCUCAUUUGUCGAACUCAUCAGACUGAUUCAGUCCAUGUUAUGUUUCGAUUUUAAAAUGAGUAUUUUAGGAAUUUUUAGUGGUUUCUCCACAUCCCUUCUGGUAUGGCUCGUUCUACUCUCUUUCAUCGCCGUUUUGUAUACGGUGUUGAUGAAACCGCACACUUACUGGACAAGAAAAGGUGUGAAAACUACCAAAAUUUUACCCAUCAUUGGUGAUGCCAUUUUUGGACUCUGCUUCAGCAAGAAGCCAUACCCGAAAUUAAUUCAAGAAAUCUAUAACGAUGCCGGAGAUUCGAGGUACAUUGGCUACAGUGAACUUCGAACUCCACUCCUCAUGAUAAAAUCCCCUGAAUUAAUAAAGAAAAUCUUUGUGAAAGAUGCAGACAGCUUUCAGGACCGUCGCGUCGUUUUUCCUGAAAACUUCGACAGUCUCAUGUCCAAGACUCUCAUUUAUCUAAGAGGGCAAGAAUGGAAAGAUGUCAGAAGCAUCUGGAAUCUUGUACUUACAGCAAGUAAAGUGGAAACAAUGUAUCCCUUGCUGAACAAAACGGCUGAAUCCUUCGUUCGCAGCUUUUGUGAUGACAAAGAAGAUGAAGUUAAAACUUUGGACAUGAAAACAGCCUACAGAAAGUACAUUUGCGAUCUUUCCGCAAGCACUUACUUUGGAAUCGAAAGUGGAUCUGAAACUUUCCGACAGAAACUAUCUAACUUUGUUACUUUCAAUGGAAAUUCUAUUUGGACACUAUUAUCAUUCUGUAUUGCAUGUCUUGCUCCGAAGUUAUCACCGUUAUUCGGCGUAUCAUCUAUUGUGAACAAAGACGUCCAUACUUACUUUUUGAAAACAGUAGGAGAAGGUGUCGAGAGGGAAAAUAACAACUUACACAGACCUGAUAUUAUCGGCCUUCUGCAUAAACAGAAAAAGGAAGAGGAGUCUGCGGAGUUCGAAGAAAAUUUGAAAAGAAGGAAGAUUUACUUAAACGAAGAUGAAAUCGCUUCUCAACUGUGUAUGUUUCUAUUGUCAUCUCUUGAUGGAUUAGCAGCAACGUUGGGAUUUAUCACUUAUGAGCUUGCUGUGAAUCCUGAUGUACAGAAGAGAUUGCAGAAGGAAAUGGAUGAUAUUCGUAUUGAUGGCGAACUACCAGAGUACCAAACCAUUAUGGGUCUACCUUAUUUAGAUAUGGUGGUUUCGGAAACCAUGAGAAAAUGGCCAGCAGUAACAAUGACGGAUAGAAUAUGUACUAAGCCCUAUACAAUUGAACCUCAAUCACCAAAAGAAAGCCCAGUACACCUGGAUGUCGGAGACACUGUCGCCGCACCUCUUUACGCUCUCCAUCACGAUCCAGAAUAUUUCCCAGAGCCAGAUAAGUUUGACCCAGAACGUUUCGCUCCAGAAAAUCGCUUCAAAAUAAAGCCGUACAGUUACUUGCCAUGGGGGAUUGGACCGAGGAACUGCAAUGCAGGAAAAUUAUCCCUUUUACAGAUGAAGAUUUUCUUCUUCAGAUUGUUGGAACAUUUCGACAUUGUUCCUAUCGAUAAAACACCCAUACCCAUCAAUCUACAAGAGGGCGUCAUCAAAGUAGCCUCUGACCGUGAUAUAUUCCUAGGUUUAAGGAAACGAAAGGACAUCAAUGUAUAAAAUAUUAUUGUAAAAUCGAACUACAUUUUAUUUCAAUCUCAGGAAAUGUUGCGAAAAUAGCGAGUGAAAUUUUUCAGUAUGAUUCAUUUAUUCCCAUAUUUUCUGUAAAUAAGAAAGAUAAGGUCUUGAGUAAAUCACACCUUUCACGGAUGUAA